CCACCACGCCAGUGCGCCACACGAUUACAAUACAAGCAGUCCCCAUUUCUCUAAUUGAUCAAUAUAUCACUGUAAUUCGCCUAUACAGGCCUCACGAGCACCAUGGCCCCCCUCGUACCCAUCUUUCCGGCCUCCACAUUACCAGAGCGCGUCAACAUCGUGACCAAGAACUUCAAAGAAAAGCACCGCAAGGGACCUUCCAUUGAACUAGAGAAAUGCCAGCUUCUCGAAAUGCUUCAGUACUCAUGUCAGCCGCCGCAGAUGGGGAGCGCGCCUGUUUGUACGCCGAUUGUUAGGUGGUUUCGGAGGUGUGCUGGCGGAUUAAUGGUCGAAACGACGGCAUGGGAACAUAUUGAAAAGGUGGAAACGGAAACAAAUUUAAAACCCUCUUCCUGACGGCCAUGGGGUAAAGCCAGUUCUUCACCAUGGAUGGAUACGAGGAAAGAGGACAUCGCAUAUGGUAUACACGGAGUUUUGGGGUUUGGCAGGACUGGGUUUGGUCUACGCAAUCUGGAUAUUGGCAUAGUACGAAUCCAUACAUGCAUACACG